GUUUUAAAACAGUGACUAAUCCAGAUUGUGUGCCAGCGUCAUUUGUUCUGGCUGUGCGAAUUAAAUACAAAUAGAAUUCAGUUUCAAUGGUGAUAGUCGCAAGCAGAUAACAAAGUAUUUUUAAAUCAUUACAAAUUCUUUGUUUCAUCAAGGCAAUGAAAUGGCUACUUAAUUGACGUGUUUGUGCAGUUUGCUUCCGACAUCAACAGAAUGUCGUAUGAAAGCCAUGCCGUUCUUGUUGCAUUAGUGGGUGUGAUUUUAGGAUUCGGAUCUGCAGAUUCUGCACACGAAGGUUGUGUUUUUAAAGUAACCAACCAUACAACAGAAAACAAUCAACCAGUCCCUUUAUUCAACCAAUCAUCAGACUACGAACUUGCUAUUCCCCAUCAUGGAUUGAUUCACUUGCGACCCGGACAAAAUAUCAGCUUGUUGUGUUUUGGGAAUAGAAACUACGUCAGGCAAACCAACUCCAACAUAACCACAGUCACAUGCCUGAGAGGUGACAAAGUGCAACUCUACAAGCACUCCCAUAAGUUUGAGGAAGUUCAGUGCAGACACUCGGUUAGAGGGAACGUGAGGGCAACCGAUAAAGAGUGUGGAAGAGAUGGCGGCAGAAUUUACCAGAUUGGAUAUCCAGUUUCGAGAACGGAAUGGAUUACUUUGAUUUCCACCUGCUAUGUACCUGCAGAGGGGAGAACUCUAUAUACCAGACACACUUUAUAUGGAGAGGAAAUCAAAUACGCUUCAAAGGCCAAGUACCGGCCUGCUUGGAGUCCAUCAGGACAAUAUGAAAAUAUUACUGCCUCUAUAGCGUACCAGCAGGUCUAUCAGAAAGGGACUUUGAGCAGAAUAUUGGGGUCUUCAAUUUUAGCCAACAAUUUCAUCAAUAACAACUCUUUCUUCGCCAAGGGGCACUUGUCUCCACAUGCCGAUUUUAUUUUAGCAUCAGCCCAAUUUUCCACGUAUUUUUACAUUAACGCCGCUCCGCAAUGGCAAAAAAUAAAUGGAGCCAACUGGAAAAGCAUCGAAUCGACCGUAAGAAACCUGGGAAAGUUCUAUGGCACUUUGGAAAUUAUUACUGGAACUCAUGGAAUUUUAGCCCUGUUUGAUAAGCAGAACAAUCCUCAUGAUAUAUAUUUAGGUCAAAGGAAUACCUUACCAGUACCCAAAUACUUAUGGAAAAUCGUGCUAAAUAAAGCGACUCAAGAAGCCAUUGUCUUCAUAAUCCUCAACAACCCAUUCAUAGAGGCAGUGAACGACGAAGUAUUUUGCGAAAACAUUUGCGAACAGGUCGGUUUCGAUAAAACGUCUUGGAAAGAUCCAUCAUCAGGACUUGUAUUUUGCUGCACCAUCGCUGAGUUUCAGAAGGUGGUAAAAACUGCACCAAAGUUGGACGUUUCCGGAGUUUUAGUCCAACAAUCUUUGCUUUGGGAACCAUCAUUGCUCAAUGUCGUAUAACAUUUAAAGCCAUAUUUUUAUAUUUUUAAAGCAAUCCGGGCAAUGACAGCAUAACAAAAAGUUACCAAGAGCUAACUGUAAAGGAUCAUUUUAUAUUUCAUUUCUGCGGGUCUUUCUUUAACGCGAUCUCCCCAGGGAAAAACUGUUAAAAACUUUUUUCUGGCUUUUUCUGCUCGGGAAACAUGGAGAUGUCUUUUGGCAACGAAUUAUAAUUUUUUCGAAUUUGAACGACAAAAGUAAUGAAAUAUUUAGAUCACACAGAACAGAACAGGAGCAAGCCGCUUGCUAUAGACUUGCUUAAAGCGAAGAAUUAUGAAUGAACCAAAAAAAUUGCUCAAUUACUUGCUUGGAAAUACUAAAUGCAUAAGAAAGACGAAAUUGAAUUAAAUUCGAAAUAAGGGAAAUGUCGGGAAAAAAUGUGUAGAAAUAAUGAUUUAGAUGGUACUUCUUUUAAAUGAUGUUCAGUUGUGCUACUAAUAUUUUAAUCAUAUUCAAAUCAUUACUUUGUAAAGUAUUUUAAUAGUCAAUUUAGGUAUAUUAAAUCUACUUAAGUCUUUAA